UUCCGGGUUGAGAGUUGUGCGGGAAGUUUGGAGCUGCUAAGCGCUUGUGUUCGGUAACUAGUGUUGUGUACAGGUUCAGAUGCCACCCAAAACCAAGGCGGCCGGUAAAGCUAAAGGGCCGGCGAAGAGAAAGCUGGCCGAGGAGUUCCCGCCCGGAGAGGUUCUGACGGACACGGCGAAGAAAAGCUGGAAGCUCGGCACUCCUGUCGGUCAGGGAGGCUUUGGCCUGUUGUAUCUGGCGAGCGACGACACGUCGAAGGCCGUCAGAGCCGACGCACCUUACGUCGUCAAAGUGGAGCCGAGCGAUAACGGCCCUCUCUUCUCCGAGCUGAAGUUUUACAUGCGAGCCGCCAAACCUGAUCUGAUCGGCGCUUGGAUAAAGUCCCGGAAACUGAAAUACUUAGGGGUGCCAAAAUAUUGGGGCUCAGGACUUCACGAGAAAGGAGGAAAGAGGUACAGGUUCAUGGUCAUGGACCGAUUCGGAACGGAUCUGCAGAAGAAGUUCGAAGAAGGCGGCAAGAGAUUUCCCCGGAAAUUGGUUCUUCAGCUUGGCCUUAGACUUCUCGACAUCCUCGAGUACAUCCACGACCACGAAUACGUCCACGCCGAUAUCAAAGCCUCCAACCUCCUACUCUCCCACAAGAACCCCAAUCAGGUUUACUUGGUGGAUUACGGACUGGCCUACAGAUACUCGCCCGAAGGUGUGCCGAAGGAAUACAAAGAGGACCCAAAGAGAUGCCACGACGGGACCAUCGAGUUCACCAGCAUCGAUGCACAUCAGGGAGUUUCUCCCUCCAGAAGAGGCGAUCUUGAAAUCCUGGGUUACUGCAUGAUCCAGUGGCUGUGCAGCCGUCUGCCCUGGGAGGAUAAACUUCAGGACCCGGUUUACGUCAGAGAAUCGAAAAUACGGUGUCGCAACAACAUCAGAGAUUUUAUGAAGAGCUGUUUCACUGCAGGACAGGAACCAGAGGAACUUCUGAAGUUCAUGGAGGAGGUGAAGACCCUGGGGUACACGGACAAACCCGACUACCCGAAGCUGCGCGGCAUUUUGCAGCAGGGAUUAAAGAGCAUCGGCGCCACCGACGACGACAAGCUGGACUUCUCGGCGUCCGUGUCCGCCGCAGGGCCGUCCUCGGUCAAGGCUCCUAAGCGAAAGAAAGCGGUGGAAAAAGAGGCAUCUAAUGACGAAACUGACGGCUCCCCUGCAAAGAAAAGGCGCCCGGCUCAGAAGAAGGAAGUGAACGGCGUGAAGAAGCCCGGCGCGAAGACGUCCAGUCCGAAGACGCGCGUGGUAGAGGCGGCGACUCAGACGUCCCCCGUGGUGGAAGUAAAGCGAGGCCGCGGCAGGCCCAAGAAGACCGCGUAGCUCUCCUCUUUUAAACCGUUACAACUUCUUUUCCUCUUUUCAUCACUAGUCUGAAUUGUUUCCUAGCUGUACGUGUUCUUUUCCUUAACUUUUUUUUUUUUUUUUUUUUUUGCUUUUCCUCCUCUCCACAGGAUGUUUGGUACAUUCUGAGUAAAAUAAUAAAUAACCAAAAAAAAGUACGCUUGCUUUGAGUAGCGAGUUAUUUUCAUCCCCUUUGUAAUGGCUUGAAUAAUCAGGCCCGUGCCGACGAGGUCCAGAGGGGAUUGCUUUGCCCUCGAUAAGGAAAUCCCUGAAGGAGCUCGCCGAGUGCCGACUCUUUCCACGCCGCGUCCCACUCUUCUCUCGUCACAGAAUGAAAG